AUGGAAUCCUACAGAAAAUUCGCGCUCCUUAACAAGAUCAACGUGGCUUGUGACCUUCCCGUAGGGACAUUUGAGGAGAGAUUCGACGUUUUAGAUGAAAUGGAAAGACACUAUGCACCACACGUUUACGAUAGUCAUAGUCUUAUAAGAAAACUGAUAGUUCCGGUAAUGAUCUCUGAAUUCUCAAAACCGAAACUGGACCCCUGGGCCGAAGCCGAAACACUGAAAUUCCACAGAAAGAUUAUGGGAAUCACCGCUGGGACUGUAUCUGCAAUCAUCGUGGCCGGAGUGUUCUGGUUCAUCAGAAAGUGA